CGGCAACGCCGCAAAUUUUUGUAAACAAGGAGUCGUCUUGGUGAAAUGAAGAUUUGAUUUUUAUUAUUUUGAUUUCGAAAUGGAUUCAUCUCAAAAUCAAUCUCAGAUGUCAGUAGAUGAUUCUGAAGAGGGCCAGCGCAUCAUAAAUCUUCAGAAUUUAAUUGAAAAGAACAUUGAGAUAGAGCAACAAAUUGAAAAAAAUACGAUUGACGCUUCUUUAUCGGCGAUCGAGAGCAUUAUUUCCAAAGCAAAUGAUAUUGUAAAAGGCUAUGAAGAGCGCCGCACCAAUUCAACGGAGCUUGUACUGGACACCGAACUACUGCGACGUAAUCAUGAGGUGGUUGGGAAGGCUAUUGAGUACAACUCAAACUUCACGGACAUAAUGAUGGUUUCUGCCAUUGAAAAUUUGGUUUUUAAAGAAACCGAGGAGGAUUGGAACGCCAUUUGCUCACUGGCCGUUCAAUUCGGAGCUCCGCAUUUUACAAACGACAGCAUGCUUCCAUUCAUAGAUGUUACACCGAAGGAGCGCAUUCCCAAGCAGCGUGCCCAACGAAAGCCAAAAUCGCAAGUUGCAGAAAAGCGGCCAAAAAUAAGUGACAAGCUUGAAAGAAAGGAUGAAGGCGCUGCAAGUGUCUCUCAUAUACUUAAGCAGAUUAGGCAAAUUUAUAAAGAUGGAGGAAAUCAGCCAAUACCAUAUUUCAAAUUAAUUUGCAAUCCAGAUAAUUUUAUGGAUACAGUACAAAAUGCUUUGCAAGUCUCCUUUCUUGUCAAAGAAAAUUAUAUUGCCGUUGAAAACGGGGCGGAUGGAUUACCUCUAGUUCGGGUUGUUCCGAAUCAUAAGGCACCUGGACAAGCUGAGUCUUCUCAGGCUAUUUGUUCCAUCGAUGUUGCCUAUUGUAACAAAAUGGUAAAGCACUAUAGCAUUCAUCAACCAUUGCUGAAGAAACUACAUGAGUAAGAUUUAUAGUCUAGACUUUUAGGGAAAAAUAUUUAUAAUUUAAUUUAGAAACUUAAUAAAAAAAAUGAGUCUUUUUGUUUUGAAUGUGUUUAUAACCUCGUAAAGGCUCUUAAAAAUAAUGGUUCAAACAAAUGAAUCGUCCAAAAAAUAAAAGAAGCGACUUUUUUGUGUAAAAAUGAAAGUACAUUUUAUUAUUCAGAUACUGGCAUUUAUUCGAAACCACUUUGAAAAGAGAAAAUACUUCACAAAAGAUUGUAGAGACAAUAUUGGGCUUUGGAAUGCAUCAUUAAUUAAAAAAUCACUCCUAAGCUAGAAGUAAGUGUAAUUUUGGUUGCAUAGUGCUAUUAAUUGAAUUCCGUUAACUUAAUUACACAAAGAAGAAAUUAAGAUUAAUUAAGAUUUAUUACGACCAGAAGCUUAGGGUUAAUUGCUUUUGUGUGGUCAAUGGAGUUUAAAAGGCUUGGCGUAAAAUAAAUGCUUGAUAAUAGCGCCUCACAUCUAUACAAACUUGAUAUAUUAGAUAUCAAAUUAUGGAGACCUAAUUAUAAGAUUUUUGUUUUCUAUUUUCUUUAAAGCAAGUAAAAGUAUAAAAUGUGUUAAACAUUAAAGUUUUUUGCUAAAUUCAUAGAAUAGUCAGAUAAAUAUAAAAUGAAGAUUUAUUACUCAAAACAAGCAUAGAAUUAAUGACCCAAUUAAACGAUGACCAGUUUUUGAAGUUCAACAGAAAUUAUGUAUUUUUAAGUGCAGCUUUGGAAAGUUGAGCUGAAGACCCAAAUUAACAUAUU